GAACUUGUAUGCUGAUUUGGCUGGCUGGAUGUAUGCGUGUUUGUGUUAGUACAGAGGGCGCACUGCUGCACUCAGACCAGUUUCACAUACUGUAGGAAAAUUUUGCAACUUGGUGAGUAUUUGCAAGAAUAACGUCGAUCAGAAAGGAAAAGAACUGCAAAGGUGCCAUGUCAUCCAUUAAAGUGCAGUGUGUGAUCAAAGAAAAGAAUGAAAUUGGCGAGAGUCCCGUCUGGGAGGAGAAGGACUCAUCUUUGGUGUACGUUGACAUUACCGGUCAAAAAGUCAGCCGGUGGAGCUCUCUGACCGGUCAGAUAGAGAGUAUUGCUACCGAGAAUCUUGUGGGAUCUGUGGUCCCGCGGAAGGCAGGUGGUUACGUCAUAGCAGAGGGAACUCGGUUUGCGUUUGUUGACUGGGUCAAGCGUUCCUUUUCAACAGUUGCUCACCUGGACAAGGAAAAGCCAAACACCCGUUUCAAUGAUGGAAAGGUAGAUCCAGCAGGGAGGUUUUUUGCUGGUACCAUGGGAUUGGAACUGCGACCCGCCGUGGUUGAGAGAAAACAGGGGUCGCUGUACUCGCUCCAUCCAGACCACUCUGUCGUUCAUCAUUUUGACCAAGUAGACAUCUCCAACGGUUUGGACUGGUCACUAGAUCACCGCGUCUUUUACUACAUCGACAGCCUGGCGUACAAGGUGGAGGCCUUUGACUACAACAUCCAGACUGGCAGCCUGUCUAACCGCAGAGUGGUUUACAAGGUAGAGCAAGACGAUGGCAUACCAGACGGUAUGUGCAUAGAUGCAGAGGGCAAACUGUGGGUCGCCUGCUACAAUGGAGGAAGAGUUUUACGCAUUGACCCACAAACAGGCACCCAACUCCAGACGGUCAAACUGCCAGUGCAGAAAACCACCUCAUGCUGUUUUGGUGGGAAGGACUACAGUGAUCUGUAUGUCACCUCAGCAUAUAAAGGCAUGGAUGAAAAUGCACUGCCCAAGGAGCCUGAGGCUGGCUGCAUAUUUAAGGUUACGGGUUUAGGAGUGAAGGGCAUUCCACCAUACUCAUAUACUGGAUGAAAACCAAGUCGAUGAUGUUAAUUCACCAUUACAGUCAUCUAACAAGAACAACAUUGCAUAUUUUGAAUUUUUCUUAUCCUGCUAUCAGGGACAUACGUUAAAACUGAUUUAGCCUUUGUUAAAGGGCUAACAGGGCUUCUGUGAGAUGUUUUUAAAUGGGAUAAAUUACUAAUCAACUUAUUACUAAUAGCGUUAGUGAUCUUUAUUAUUGAUGUAAAACAAAUACAUUUCUAAUUUACAUGAACAACAUUCUGUGAACUAAAAUAUUAAGAACUUAUUGUGAUUGAUUAAUUUUGGACAGAGAUCAUAGAUCAUACUCCAAACUUUUUUAUUAAUCUCAAUGUGAUGCUGCUAAACAUGAAAUGGGAGAUCAUACACCAUAAAAAUGACAGACUUAUUAAUGAUGCUGCUAUAAAAAUGAUGAUAAUGAUUAUUAUAUUUUUAUUCUGUUCUGUUUUUUACAUUGCUUUAAAGUCAACAUGAAACAUUAAACGUAAAACAAGACCUUAAUAGAAAUAAGACUUUCCAUCAGGAAUUAAUUGGAUUAUAAAAAGUACCAGGAUUAAGCCAUAGUGGUUGAAAUUAUCAUUUUUUUAAUAUUAAAAGGGUUUAUGAUAUA